AUGCAGCUGCGCUCAGGAUCCCAGCUGGGCGGUGAGCUGCCCUCAGCCACCACCGCCACACCAUCAGUUAUCAGCGAUAAACAAGACGAACAGGCCAAUGUGCACUCUGCAUCUGGUUCUGUGACGCUUCAAUCUUCUACCAGCACACAGGAAGACCCUACUCCUGUGCCAGAUGGAUUGAGCCAAAGAAAGGGGAAGUCUAAGAAAAGAAGAAACAGAUCCAGCAAGAAGAAACCAAAGGCUGAGCCCGAAGUCAAGCCUGCAUCUCCAGUCCCCACCAAUCAGCAGAGGUACAGCCUUAGAGAGAGCGGCGGGAAGCUCGACCUUGAUUCUGUCGCUGGAUGGGAAGCUCCUCGCCUACAAAGCCUAAAAAAGCUCGAAGUCCCGACGUCGACUACUUCAACAGCAGAAGCAGCAGGCCAGACGACUGCUGAGGGAAGGCCAUCUGAAGCAGUGCAGUUGCCCGUCAUGUCUCGCAACCGCCCUCGAGGACCCCCUGCCAACAGGGACAACGGCAUUGCUGCUAACGAGGAGAUUGACAUGUGGAACAAGAUCAUCCAGGACAUUCGCAAAGCCAAGGAGAAAAACGACAAACAGAAGUCUCUUGCUGCGCAGAUUACUGAGCUGAACGAGAAGAUUGCUCGCGAGGGCAACAAACCAACACUUGCAGAAAUCAAUCAACUCGACAGUUGGUAUCGUCAGAUACUCAAACUGAGCGAGGAGGAAAAGGCCAUUCUUCUGGAAGAGCCUAGCGACGUUAUCAAAAAUCUGGGUUUACUGACUGCCCUCCGCUCAGCCUCGGAAGCAGAGACCUCAAUCAGCCGUGCAGCCUCAUUGCCCAAGUCUAGUAAGCAAAGCAUUGCGAGAGAUGGCACUGCUAUCCAUGCAGCCACAGCAUCUAAUUCUGCUCUGUCAUCAGACAAACUCAAUCGGGUCAAGGGGAGCACUCAGCGUAGCUCAAGCGUGUCUAGCUCCGGCCAUGCGAAAGAUGCCCGCGACUCUGUUUCGGUGAAGCUUGAAGAGGGCGUUGAGGGGGCCGCAAAGGGCACUGUUGCGGAACGCAACGGGCAGUUCAUUGUUGGAGCUGAAGUUGUAUUCAAACACAGCAAGAACAGACAGGGUGUCGAAGGCGAGGGUAUUCAAUGCAUCAUCAAGAGCAUUUCCGGAGAUGGAUACAAGAAACGAUACGAUGUCCAAGACCCCGAGCCCAAUGAAAACGGUGAACAAGGCGCUGUCUACAAGACUACAGGAGCCUCCUUAAUCCCAAUUCCCCAAGUCGGCUCUGUUUUGCCAUCUUUCCCUGUUGGUAAACAAGUGCUUGCGCGCUAUCCAGACACAACUACCUUCUAUCGCGCCGAAGUCAUGGGCUCCAAGAAGGACGUCUACCGCCUCAAAUUCGAGGGCGAGGAAGACGACAAGGAAAUGGAAGUGGAUAGACGCUUUGUCCUCGACAUUCCUUCCAAGUGA